UCCAGGGGAGCUCAGGUGCAUACAAUGCAAUGCACCUGAGUGAUAGGAGAGGUGAGCCAAGAUCCACCCCUUCCUCAUUUAAGGGUUGGCAGUGGAGGCAAGAGGCAAGAAGUAUCUCACUUGAUAUUCCUACCUACCUGUGGCCUUCUAAAGAGCAAAAGCAGAUGACAACCAGUCCUCCUAAUAUGCAAGGAAAGGGAGCUCCAACUGAUGAACUAAGAACGAAGCGUUGCUAUCACAUUGAGUACUUCCUUUUACCAGAUGAUCUUGUGCCUAGAAAAAUGGAUUUGAUGGUGUUUGGGAUGGUUGCAAAGCUAUUUGCAGAGUCUGAUUCCGAGACUAUUGUGCCAUGGCUUGAAAAUGACCAGAUGUGGAUCUCGUGGAACCAUCAUACAAAUGUCAAUGUCACUAAUGAAUUUCUAAUAAAAUUAAGAGAUCAUAAAAUAACCUUAAAACUUUGGGACACCAAGGACAAGGUUUUCUCAGAAGCAAGGCUAAGUAAACCAGAUGCGUCCUCAACAGAAAGAGAUGCAGAGUCAGUUGGUGGAGUAAAACACACAGUACUGCUGCAGAGAAAAUUGUUUGAAGGGAAUCAGCCAGCACCCAGCUGUACAAAAAUUAGAGAAGCAAAGAAAUCCAAGGCACAGAAAAAGUCUUCAGCCCUUCCAGUCAAAGAAGAAACUGAUCAGAGAGGACUAGAAACUUCAAGUUAUAAUGUACUACAUCCUUCAGAGGCAGAUGACUUCCUUACAGUAAGAAACAGCUUUGAGGGUAAGGCCCAACUUCUGAAACAGAAAGCAGUUGCUGCUCCUUUGCAUAAUACAACUUCAGAAGAAACUGGGAAAACAGCCAACAAUGUGGGAAUUCUGAUGUGUCAAACAGACAAGACAGCUACCUCGAAUGCAGGUAGAAAGGAUCCUGGUGCUAAAAAGGACAUGGGUACUACUAGGGCAAACAUUGCUUUGCUGCAGUUGGAUCUCCUGCCUCUCCUCUCAGGAGAAAACUCAGUGAUCAGUCGACUGGAAGAAAACAGUCCUAUUCUUUCAGAUGCUUAUGUGUCUUUCACUGUAGAAACACCUCUUCUGUCUGAAAGACAAAGGCAUGAAUUGAAUCCACUGGUUAUAAAGAUUUAUUCAGCUACCAGCCUCCCAAACACACCUGUACCAAUAGAAGAGCUACAGAGAUUGUGUGUUCCUACCUAUUGCAAAUACAAAUUUCACAAUUUUCCAGCUCAUCAGACUCAUGGACGAAUCCAUGGAACUCAUGUCUACUUUAAGGAUGUUAAUGUAUUUUUAACAGGAACAAUGAAACCUGGGGAGUUAGAAAGGUAUCUUAGAGGUCCACCUUUGGAGAUUGAAGUUCAUGAUCGGGAUAGAAGGAUUGAAGACAACAGAAAAAAGCCAUAUUUAUUUGGGGAGGCUCAAGCUGAUGAAAAUCUGGGAGAGGUGAGGCCCCUCGCUUGCAAAUCCACAAUAUGUAAUUCUUCUACAGAGAAUGAAAUGUGGCAUCCACAUGGGGUAGCUAAAGUAAGUCUAACUGAUCUAUUGUUGGGUAAAAAGUACAUGGCUAUUAGUGCGCCCAUUCGUAGCUGUUCAACUCCAAAUACAUCUGCUUUCAAUAAAGAGGAUAAAAGUAAGAAGAUAAGGAAGAAGCAUCCACAGAUUCUGUUACCUAUGGGACAUUAUCUACAAUCAGACUCACUUUUGAAAGUGAGAGUGGAAAUAGCAGUGCCAUUGAGAAUGCAUGCAGAAAGUGAUGAUGCUCAAGUGGCAGAUUGCCCAUACAGUUGUAUAAUCUACAUUUUUGACUACAGUAAUUCAUCUUUAUUACGUGAUUUGGUGGAAGAGAUUACAGAAAUCAAUGCUAAAGCCCUUCAGCUGGACUGUUAUCCUCCACACGUAAUCAGAAUGGCUCUUGAUACAUUAAAACUGAAAAGCACACUAGAGAAGGCUCCUGAGUUAGAUAUUGUUACUGGCUUUCACCUACUGGAUGGAGCUUUUCAUCUCUUUGUCUUGGAGGGAUUAAAAGACAAAGCCAUCAAGAGACUCUGGGAUAGGCACUUUGAAAGAGCUUACAGACGUGAAGAUGGACAACUGGAAAUACUGUAUGAUUCACAGCUGUCUUUCAGUCAGCGCCUGUAUGCAGACCUGGAAGCAAUCUUUUAUCACUUCCACCUCUGUAAGCCCCUCUUCAGUAUAGCAAAACAGCCUCUGCUUUAUGUCAGAGGAGCAGUUCCUUGGGCAUGUUUCCAAGCCUUGUCCAGGCUCAGUUACCUCUGUCACAGUAAGAGGUUGAGGGAUGUUAUUCAGGGGGAGCUGCUGCCCUCGGCAGAAAUGAUCACAGCAUUGAGUCGAGAGUAUGGAGCUCCAUUAACUGAUGAGGAUCUCUUCACUCAGAAACCUCCUUUACUCUCAUUUUCCUCUGACUAUGCACCACCAGGAGAUGUUAGCAGAGAGAAAAAGACAGGAUGUUCUUCAUUAGAUGACUACAAUGAAAAAUACGUGCAGUGGAAGAAGGAAGUAGCAGACAAAAAGUCUUUUGAGAGAAACCAUAUUAAGCAGGCUAACAUUGAUGCUGUGUGCCAGCUUAAAGGAAAGAUGAAGAAGCUGAAGUUUGAAGCUUUCAGAAUUUCUCCUGCUGAUGGCAAAUCUGUUUACAAUUAUAGCUCUCAGAGCCUGAAUUCUGCAGAACUUGCAAAGGAGCAUCUUCGCCAGGAAAUGGCAAAGGAGCCAAAAACAAGGUUCACUUACUGUCACGAGUAUCUUUCAGCCAUGUUUGACCCAGUUGAUGUGGUUACUGCCUGUAAGGAGUCCUUUGCACAAUCCAGGAGUAUGUGGCUGUCGCCAGAUGGAUUUGUAUUUUCUGGGUUUAAGAGCAGCAUUGAAAGCAACCUGCACCCUCAGAUGCCUGAUGAGGCACGUGUGGAGGAGUUACAAGAGAAAUGGCAGGAGAAUGCUCUGUAUGCUAACAUGAAGCCGGUGCUGCCACGGGGCAGAUGGAGCUGGGACAAACGGCAUGUUGACUUCGAGCUCUACAAGAAGCCACCUGAACCCCCCCUGACAACAGCCUCACUGUCAGCUGCUACUCAUUUUGUGCACAAUGCAUUCGAUGAUACCAAGCUGAAAGUUCACCGGUGCUCCACAGCAGCUGAGUUGCGCACACGUGGGCCAGGAGCCAGUUCUCAGCUACAGAAGCUGCAAGGACUUCUGAAAGAUGAGCCUCAGAAAUUCUCACUCAGGAAGCCAGGACUAGUUCUGCAGCCUAUCCCAGCCCUGUCAGCGUUGGACUCUCAGAACAGCUCAGAUGUCCUGCCAAGAAAGAAGAGUGUUUGUAGUGGCUUUGUACCAGGCCUUCAACACUGCCACAGCCUGAAGUGGAACGCGAACAUUAUUGUUCCCUGUCACAACAGAGAGCAUAAGAAGUUUGAAAAAAAAGGCGCAGAUUUCAAUUUACUUGGCUCUAUACAAUCAGUUGACAAGAGUGAGCAAGCAGCAAGCAGAAGCACUACUACCUGUACACAACGGGAUGACCCUCUCCAGAAUGAUAUUCCGAAUGCAGCUACUGCAUCACAGUGCUGGGAUGGCCCCCUCACUGGAUACUGACUGGAAGACAUUGGUGCUACUAAGUUCAGCAGGACUUUCACACAAGAUCUGAAAUCUCAGGACCACUGAAAUUCAUCAGUUUGGAUUUGUCUCACAAUUAACUGAAGCAAACUUAAUUGUUAUGCAGCGUAAUUGUAACUAUGAAACCUUACAUGAGCUGCACUAUCAUCUCCAAUGUGUCAAAGUCUCUCAUUUUACUGUCGAGACAUUUAGUAAGAAAAAGUUGUAAUAAUUUUUAAUAGUCGAUAAUGUGGAAAGAAUUUGGGAAGAACAGCAUGAUGCUAGAAGGGUUAAGAGAGUGUGUGAAGCCCUAAUUCAUUCAUAAGUGUUAUGUAGGUCAAAGGAUAUGGAUAAUAUGGCAGCUUGUAUGCUCAGAGAAUGGAGAGGUAAGUGGUGUGGUUGGAGGUAAGUGGGGUGGUUGCUGUACCCAGGCGUGAAUCAGUUGAGAAACAAACGGGUGCAGUUUCAUUGGAGUUCCAUGGGAGUUUGCUGCAGUAGGUGCACAUCCUUCACAAACGCAGAGUGUAGCUUUAGUGUAAUGAAAACUAUUUGUCACUGAGGUUUUAGGCAGUGUGAGACAUGAGCAUGCAAUGUCUGACAGCUCAGCACGCUUUUUAGAACCGCAUCACCUUGUGAGGCAAAGAAUGCAACGGCUGUAUUUCAGGGGGGAGGGGAAGUUGGCCAGUCGAGGAAAAAGCAGCUCGUUAGAGACUUGUACAAGUUAUCCAGGUUAACAUCUCAAGGAAAGGUCUAAGCAUAAAUAUAUUGCACCUUACUCAUAAAACAUGCAACUAGACAGAAUGAUCCUAAUCACUGCUGUGUUAGGGAAACCCCUGGGCACAGAUGUUGCAUGGCUGUGACUGAUACUGAAGCACACUUACUUCAUGGUCGUGGUUUCUUAGGCCAAUGCUGAUGGACCGGCUUGCUCUGGAAAUAGCUGCUGUCAUGGCAUACAAAUUAAUACAAAUAUCUGCCACUCUCUUCAGAGCCAACUGCUCAUCCACUAUUGUCUAGAAGAAUAAAAAUGAUCAGGUUAUAGGCUUCAGUCAGAUUGCUUUUUUCCAUACUUUGUAUUUAUGUUCAUGCUUAUUUAGAGCAUAGACAGGUAAGUUAUUACACUGAAUUUCCACUCCUAUGAUUAAAUAUGCUCCACCUUUUCCAGACUUCCUGGCUGCAGCCAGGAACUCCUUUGGUAAAUGCUAAAUCACAGAGGGGUUUUUGGCACUUGAAUUUCUAUCUACCCCCAAACAACAACCAAACACAUUUGUUAAUGCUGAGUGGCGCAGUCUAGUAAGCAUGCUCAGAACUCAUAAAUCUGGGGUAGCUGUAGCUCCCAUUUUAGCUAAGCUGCUUUGCAUGGUGUAAUUCUGUAUUUGCUGUAUAAUAUGAAUGAAUAACCAUAACAGAAAGCACGCUGGUACAGCUCUUCUUUUGGGAAAUGGAUUCCAGUGACUGCUUACAGCAGCAUACUUAGAAUAGCCACAGCCACAAGCUGUGAAUUUGUGCUUACAGGAAUAUAAGGACACAUUAACCUGAUCCCAGUGAUUGCUUAAGUAAGUGAAAGUUGUUUGUUACAUCAAGUUAGUGUAGAGUUGGAGAAUGUUUUCUCAGUCAACAGCUAUCAGUUGUGCAAAGGAAAUCCUGGCUCUAGCCAUACACUGUCCACUCUAUAUUGCAGUGCGACCAGUUGAGGAAAAGUUCAAAGAUAAAACUCAACACGAUACUGUUGUUACCUUGCCAAACCUAGUGAGGAGGCCUCUCACUGUAGUUCCAAAAUAAUAAACAUUUUCCUCAAGUUUCUUGCCACUCUCCUAAAAAAUAAAACAGACAAAUACAUACUUAAAAUAUUGAGUACAUUUAAACAAUUUGAACAUUCUCCAAAGGUAAAUGAAAACCUACAGCAAAAGUCUUUACCAGAAAUGGGAUGCUUGGAUAACCAACAUGCUGGGAUUUGUGUGUGCCACUUCUAGUCAAUGAAAAGAAUUCCCUUUUAAGACUUCAGCGUUUUACAUUUCCCCAGCUAUCAAGGAUAGAGACUUGGCCUGUGUACUUAAUGGGAUUAUAAACCACAGAGUGGAAAACUACUGCAUAGUUGUAUUCCUUUUAUCUGUUAAAUUUUUCUCUUGCCAACUACGGUGUUCUUAACACUCAGUUAAAAGCCAGUUGAAGCACAUUUCUUCAGCAAUAAGAUAAGCAUUAAGCAGUUUGAUUUUACUUUUCAGUAUAACUUCUGAUAUAACUUUUCAGUGUAGUCUUCUUUAUGCUUACACAGAUAAUAGUUUGAAAAAAGUCUGUGCACCUUCUGCCCAACAAACCCGAUUCAUAUUUUACGUACUGCAUGCUACAAAACCCCUGAAAGUCAGUAUUGUGUGCUAUUGCCCAUGUUUUCAAACUUUGCUGGUAAGGAGGUAGGAGAGUUUCCAGUGCCAUGUUUGGCUUUUAUUAAUUCUUGAAUGCAAUUGCUAAUUGGUUCUUGUAAUAUGAAUGGCUAUGGUCUUCACGUUGGAGGUAUUAGAGGUGCUCCCACCCAGUGCACAAGGUAGGUCAGCAUCACUGCUGUUAACACAAGCCACCCACGUACACUGGUGGCACUGCAGGACACACUGUGUUUAUCUGUGGUGAAAGCAGGGCCGUGUGCACAGCACAGGAUUAGCAAAUGCUCUUACAUGUGUGCCUGACACAGCUGAGCUGGGGCCACAAAUGCUGACAAAAAAUGAUUUCAUUACACAUCUCAGAUCAUUACAAAACACCAUAGGAAGAAUAUAUAAUAAUCUUUCCUUCCCUACUAGCAACUUUAAAAACAAAACAAAAAACCACCAAAACCUUUUUUCUUCUUGGCCCUAAGAAUUAAGUGAUGAAGCAAGUGUGUCCAUAGAUCACCAAAAUUCAUAGUUACAACCACAUUACCAUUAAACAGGAAAGUAAUGUGUUAUACAGCUGAGCAUAUUACGUAGAGCAGUUUGUAGAUAUUACUUGAAAUUGAUAUAAACCUGGAUUUGUUGCAAGCACAGAGUUGUAACAUGGUUACUUACCUCUGAAAUAAUACAAACACUUGCUUAGAUUUGCACAUCUCCCCCUUCCUAAUCAUACUUCAUUCUGCAUCAACAGACACAAAGUUGUGACAAGCCUCCAAGGGAAUCAAACAUAGAAGAGCAAUGCCUGGCUCUUACCUGGAGGCUGGGAUGCACCAAUCCACCUCGUUCUUCCAUUAUCCCAUAAUCCACUUUUCUGCCCGUUGAGUCCCUUACUUUGUUUACCAACUCCUGCAGUGCCAAUCCUAUGUUUCCUUUCUUGAUUUCUCUAAAAUGUUGAGUAAAAAACAGCUGCUGAAAUACAUUUGCUGGUUUGCAAGGGAAGUUUCAGGAUAAAUGCAUUAUCUAGUUAUCUGCAGUGUUUUCAUCUUUUGAUUCCAUUUUACUAUCAAGUCCAGAGAACCACACAGCCUUAAAAGCACUCAGCAUGGCCCGUUCCUCGUGUCAGUACAGUGAGUUGCAGACACCAGUCUGUGUAUGCACUCUGUCUUACAAAUAACACUUUGGUAUAAAAUCUUAAGUUGUUUUAAUUACUGGUCUUAUAAUCGUACACAAGCUGGAAAUAUAAGGUAACACAGUCAGCAAAGAUUCCUAAAUAUAUAAAAUAAUGCCAACUAAAAAGAAAAAAACCAGACCCCUAUACAUUGAACUGCCCUUCAGAGAACUUAAUAAGAAAUGCAGUUUUUUUCCAACCAUUUUCCCCUUAGAUACAGUUAAAAUUAUCACUGUUUAGUUCAUGAAAAACUAUUAGCAAUAAAUAAGAACAUACUUAAUUUUGUCAGUUAAGAUUCUGCCUGCAUGCUGCAUACCCGUCAGAGCAAUAUACAUUCGCAGGAUUUCAUUUGUUCCCUGCAAAACAACCAGUAAUAUAUCAAUAACAUCAAACUGAUAUGUAGUAUCAAAUAAAGUGUUUUUAGUAUUCAAAAAA